AUGUCACUGGGCUGGAUCCGAGUGUCCCUGUGGCUGAAUAUGGAAGUGACCACUCCCUUGUGGAAUACGUCUGCAGGUUUGCUGACUCUGUUGCAGAAAAAUACUUUGCAUUACGAGCCCGAGAAGGCUUUAUUAGAUAGGGAUGCUAUGUACUCUCAAGAGCAGACUUCGGGCACUCAGAGAAAUGAGGAGAACUACUUCAGAUCUGUGUCCAUUGGCCAUGAACCAACAGAGAAGCAGCUUUAUCCAGUGUCUGAAUAAUAUAGAAGCACAAAACCAAACCAGUGUCUCAGAAUUCCAUCUCAUGGCUCUCUCAGAGGAUCCCAACCUGCAGCCGUCCUCUUUGGACUGUUCCUGUCCAUGUACCUGGUCACAGUGCUCGGGAACCUGCUCAUCAUUCUGGCCGUCAGCUCUGACUCCCACCUCCACACCCCCAUGUACUUCUUCCUCUCCAACCUGUCCUACUCUGACAUCUUCUUCAUCUCCACCACGGUCCCAAAGAUGAUUGUGGACAUCCAGACACAGAACAAAGACAUCUCCUAUAUGGGCUGCCUCACACAGAUGUCUCUGUUCAUCAUUUUCAUAUGUUUGGAUGACGCGCUUCUCACAGUGAUGGCCUACGACAGGUUUGUGGCCAUCUGUCACCCGCUGCGAUACCGUAGCAUCAUGAACCAUCAUCUCUGUGGAGUCUUCAUUUUUGUGUCUUUUUUGUUCAGUCUUUUGAUAUCUCAGCUGCAAAAUUUGACCAUUUUACACGUUACCUACUUUAAGGGUACAGAAAUCGCUAAUUUUUUCUGUCACCCUUCUCAACUUCUUAAUCUUUCCUGUUCCGAUGCCAUUACCAAAAACAUAGUCAUGUAUUUUGUUGGUGCCAUCUCUGGUUUUCUUCCCCUCUCAGGGAUCUUUUUCUCAUACUACAAAAUUGUUACCUCCAUUAUGAAGAUCCCAUCAUCAGAGGGGAAAUAUAAAGCAUUCUCCACGUGUGGGUCUCACCUCACGGUGGUUUGCUUAUUUUAUGGAACAGCCAUUGGAGAUUACCUUGCAUCUGCUGCUUCAAAUUCUCCUAGAAAUAGUGCAGUGGCCUCUCUGAUGUAUACAGUUUUCACCCCUAUGCUGAACCCCUUCAUCUACAGCCUGAGGAACAAAGACAUUAAAAGUGCCCUGUGGAGGACAUGGAACAGAGCAAAGUAA